GAAACUAGUUCGAAAUGCAGGCGAAAUGAACGCGAUGUUGAUUCACCAAUGGAAUAAACACAGGAAACACACACAGAACUGCUUGCAAAUGCAUUCUCAUCGACAUCGAGCUCUCAAGAUUUGCACUCUUCUCUUAAUUGCUGGACUUGGCUUCCGGCAGUGGUUGCUGCCCCGCGUUAAACGUAGUUCACUGAUGGGGAUGGACGACGAGAAGACCAAAGAUGGUGUCAAAGGGCUGCAAAAGCUCGAGUGGCAACAGACGGCAGGUAAAUGCAGGACUUUUCCAUCCUCAUCGCAUCGAGGCACGUUUCGAGAUAUUACCAUAAGGGAGUACGAGAAUCGACUGAGAGCGCAUUCGCAGCCAGAGAAGAUCUUUGGAUACUUUGCGACGAUCAAGACUCAAAACAAUGCUGGACAAUGGGAAGUCUAUAUGACACCAAUUGAUUUUCUGCGUUCCAUGAUGCCGGGCAUAAGGCAGCCAGACGGAUUGGGCUUAAAUGGAUAUCGUAAAAUGAGCAGGGAAAAAGCUCAAGAGCUUACCUUCCGGAGUGUUCCGGAAGACAGUAUCUUCUAUGUCCUGCUACCCGAUGGACUUUUGACUUUCACGGACUAUCUAUACUUGCGUAUGCUGAUGCCCAUGCCGGAGAAAUUCUUUGAGAUUGGCUUUCGUCUCUUUGAUCCCCUUGGGAGCGAUAACCUCGGCAUGGAUGGCUUGAGUCAACUGCUAAAGGGCGUCACGGUCUAUGAGCGAUUCAAGACAAACAACUCUAUAAACCAUUACUUUUUCGGUCCCAAACUCGAUGGCAAGCUGAACCUCAAUACAUUUCUGAAGUUUAAGCGUAAAUUGGUUCGCGACGUACUUUUGAUCGAGUUCAACUUGCUGCGGAAAUCGGAUGGACGAAAGAAACGAAAUGAGAAUGAUCCGGACACAAUCAGUGAAAUGUCCUUUGGCAACAUGCUGCUGGCAUAUUCCUCAAUGCCGACACACCAGAAACUCGCGACAAUUCAGCGCAUCAAGGAGAAGUAUCGGAAAUCAGAUCGCGGCGUAACGCUUGAGGAGUUUAUGGCAUUCUUUAUGUUCGUCCAGCAUAUACCGACCAUCGACAUGGCUCUAACCUAUCACUUUUUGGCCGGAGCGGAUAUAUCGCGUAGUACCCUGAAGCAUAUUUCUGAUAUCGUUGUGGGCGUUUCCCUAUCGUCUCACAUAAUCGAUAUCAUUUUCACUGUGUUUGAUACCGAUAACAAUGACAUCCUUGGACGCAGCGAGUUCCUUCAAGCUGUGCGCCAUCGCAUGGCAAGAAAAAAGCGAACUAAAGUUUCGGAACUAUUUGAUAUGGUCGUUAAGUGUGCUGGCAGAGCUUUCUUAUCGUGAAAGAUAUAAGCAGUAGCGUGAUUCUUAAGUAGGGAGUCGCAAAACAUGUGAGACGUAAUAAAUUCUUAUUGGACAAGAGUGCAAUUUGUGAAGCAG